GUUACAAUAAAUUUGCUAUUAAUCCAACAACAACAACAAUCAAGAACCAACAAUUUAAAGUGAAUCUUUGAUCAGCUGCUUUUCUUUAUCGCUCGAGUCUUUGGCUUGGAAUAAAUAAACGGCAAAUCAUUCCCACCAACUCUAGAGCAAGCGAAAACUUUGUUGUUGAUUGACAAACUUAUAAGCAGCUAUAUAGUCGACAUUAUACGAUAUAUUUAUAUGUUGUUCAUUUUGUGCUCUGAUAUUGCAGCAGCAGCGUAGAAAGGAAAAUCAAUUUGAGCUGCUGUGUGUGGAAUUUGCGGGUGGGCAAUCUGGAGCUGAAGGAUUGCCGCUAUGGCAUCAUCAUCGAGAGGCGCCACGACAUGUUGCUGCCGCUGGCUGCUGCUGCUGUUGCUGCUGUUCGAGGCAGUGGAGCUGCGGCCGGCGCUGCCGAUAACCUCGCGACCCAUUGAGGGCAAUGCCCAGCGCAUGGCCUGGGAGGAGUGGCUGAGUCUGCCGCACGAGCAAAAGUCGCUGGAGAAGCAAAAGAAGGUGACGGCCAAAUCGAUAUUCACCCUCCCCUUUCGCCACUGCCCGCCGGGCCACAAGCUCUACAACGAGCGCUGCAUACCGCAGAUCAACAUCGAUCCAACGGAUUUGAUAAAACAGGAGCUGAUUGGGCUGCUGGGCACGGGCGGCACGGGCGUAGCGGCGGCGACAGGACCAACGGAUUAUGACUAUAGCGACAUCGAUAGCGACAGCGAUGAGCUGCUGUUCGAUGUGCCGCUGCUGGUGCCGCCGCCGCCGCCAACCACCAGCGAGGCAGAGGAUCAGGCGCUGCCCAGCGAGGAUGCGCCGCUUAAAUUUAAUAUAUUCGAAAAGAAAUAUCCAACGGGAGCGGAUGCCGAAGCCGAAGCCGAAACAGAGCUGAGCGCGGCGCCACCAAAUGCAACAGCAACAGCAACAACAACAAUUGCUACAACAACAACAACAACAACAGCAGCAGCUAUAGCAACAACCACGCCCACGCCUGCGCCUACAAAUCGCAUUGCUGGCGAUUUGCAAGCUGCUGCCAGCAGCAGCAGCAGCAGCAACAUUGCCUUUGGCCCCAUCGAUGCCAUUGUGCUGCCGGCGGGUGUUGCGCCCAUCACAACAACAACAACAACAACAACUGAGUAUGAAGCGGAGCUGGCGCAGCUGCUCAAGGUCGACGCCUUUUUGCCCGCCAGCAGCCACAGCCUGCAACAGUUGCCGCCAGCAGUUUUCAGUCAUCAGCUGAGCUCAGACUUGGCUGCUGAUGAAGCAACAGCAACGGAUAUAGCACCAAUUGUUGCAGCUGCAGCAGCAGCAGCAACCAGCACUACGCCUACAACAGCAAUGCUGACGACAACAACAGCAGCAGCAGCAACCACAGAACAUGAAAAUCGACUUGGCGCACAAAAAUCGAAAGUGCAACCGGUUGAGUUAACAACAACAACAGCAACUGAUACAACAACAGCAGCAACAGUUGCUGCUGCUAUAGAUCAAGCUGGCAAUGCUGCUGCUGCUGCUGCUGAUGACCGGUUUUAUUAUCAGCCACUUGGCAGCAGCAGCAGCAGCAACUUGAAUAUGCUGAGCGACAAUUUAAUGACAAAUACAAUUGUUGCUCAUGGCGAGUCCGCAGCAGCAGCAAGUGAAAUGAAUUUUGAGCAGGAGCUGCGCAUUAUAAAUGAGUUGGUAAAGCAGCAGCAGCAACAAGCGAGCAGCAGCAGCAGCAGCACAGCGCUGCCAACAACAACAACAGACAGCAGUUUUUCUAUUUGA